AUGAAAAGAGACCGUAUGCCACAAUCAACAGCACAGGAGCAACAACCACCAGUGACGUCUGCACCGGCGAAUGAGCAGCCUGCCCCUCGCCCUGCGCGAAGCACAUGGAAUCGACCUCCACCAACUCGUGGCAGUACAGGGCAGACAUCGCAACUCCUUGCGGUUGCUAGUCCCCAGACAGCUUAUCAUCAGUUCAAUCCCAAUACCAACCUACCGCCCUUGGAUGCAUUUGGCAUGGGAAAUUCAAGCAUUUUCGACUUCUCCGGUGGUCUAGGUAUGGGAACGUGGGACGAGGCAAUGCUUCUUAGUCCCAACUCCUGGCCUGUCGACCCGUCGGCAGGAGCUCCUUCGCACAUGGACGCCACACCUCAGCCAUUGUACCAUUUACCUUAUGGUCCCCAAUCAUCUGGCCCCCUUCCGGGGUCGUCUCCUGGAAGACCUCAAGCUGGAGGAAGCAGGCCAUCUCUGCCAGAUCGCGGCCCGCCACAUGUCGACCCUGCUUCCACAUCACCAUUCUCAACGGAAAAUGUUGCCAACGGGCAUGUAGACGAAGACUUCCUUCUGAACACGUUUCUACAGAUGCUAAUGCCACCAAUACUUACCCCGGUCGAGCCGAAGUGGGCCUCAACCCGUGCUUUUUUUGCCAAUAUGGCAGCUGAAUCGCCAAUCGUUCGAACCGCUAUCAUGGCUUUCGCUGCAAUGCAGAUGCAACGAAGCAGUUUGGGCGGCGAUGCUAUGAAGGCGGAUUGGAGACCGUUAUACGAGUCCGCUGCAAGACUGCUUUCCAACGCACUCGCAAGGGUACGAAGUGAGGGCGGAACCGAGAAGCUAGUAAAAAAUGGGGUCAAACAUAUCUUGGCUGCUUUCUUCCUUCUUACAUAUAUCGAUCUACUCACAGAGACGCUACCUAGAGCACAUACGAACUUACGAGAGGCAUAUAACUUGAUCCAGAAUACGGAAAAGUCAUUACUAUCGAUACCAGAACGUCGUCUUAUCUCUUGGAUCCGGCUCCUCGAUGCGCGCGCUGUUUCGACUGCCGGCGGAGAAGGAUUGUUCCUUGCCGAUGCUGAUGAGAGUUUGUUCGACGCGUCGCCAGCUGCAAAUCUUACCAAUGAGCCUGAAACACCAGAUACGGAGAUUGAGGAAAUCUUGUUCGAUGUACUUUACCAUCCCGGUAUAGUCUUUUAUCAAAAAGUCCAAAGUUUCGUUGGAAGGAUCACUCGAAUUGACCCAUGGCACCGUAGCCGUGGCACUGUCCAAGAUGAGACAGAUGUGAUGGCCCUUGCAUCGCAAAUUUCACAAGACCUGCAUGCGCUGUACGGGCAGCGUCCUGCACUGAUGGACCACGCUGUUGCUGGUAACUUAACCGAGAAGCACCUUGCAAAGGAUUUGGCUAUUGCGCUCACCCGGAGCUUCCGAACUUAUCUUGCCAAUUACUAUGCAUCAUUUUUGCAUCUACAUCGCGUCGCCUACGUGCAGUAUCCGAAAACGAAAGAGGUUACAAACGCGAUAGCCAACAUCAAGCGCUUGUCGCAUCUAAUGGCAGAGACUGAUGAGUCGCUACCUGUCAACCUGCUAUGGCCGCUUCUCAUGUGGGGAUGCGAAGAAGAAAAUUUGGACGAACGAAGAUGGAUUCUUGAAGCUAUUCGAGGUCUUGAAAGCAUUGCUACAAACGCCAAAGCCACUGCUGACCUGCUCGAGGAAGUACAGAGAAGGCAAGACGAAGGCAAGAGACGAGUUGACGUUAGACUGGUCAGCCAAGAGUACUUUGCUACUCAUCACUUCGCAAUCGUGUGA